AUGAUGAUCACAAUAUAUGGGUUACCUGCUACUAUUAAGUAUCAGGAUUUGAAGGCGUUAAUUAGUCGGGAAUGCAAUAUUAGCGACUUUAUAUUGGACUAUCUCGUCAGUGAUGGUGAUGGAACUAAGAAAGUUAGAGUCGGCUUAGCUGACGAUGUGGAAGGAAAUCACUUGAUGAAAUAUUUAGACGGCUAUCGUUUAUCUGGGCAUGUCUUAAAACUUGUACCGGUUGGAAAAUCCGCUCCCGCAAACACUCAACAACAGACCUAUCCACCAAGGGGUAAUUUUUCACAUAACAACUAUCCCAAUCAGACUGCUAAAACGGCAGAGCCCAAAACAUCUUGGACGGGAAAUCAGUGGACAGCAAAUCCCGUUCAAAAUACAUACAAUUACCAACAGCCACAAGCUUUAAACACUCAAUAUGCACAAUCUCAAUCAACUCAGCCGGCCAAGCAAUUUGAUUCUCGUGAGAUUUCAACUGCAAAUCGUACACAGUCACAAACUAAUGUAUCACAGAACUAUAAUUAUCCAAGUAAAACUAACUUGAUAAGUUUGGGGCCACAUAGAAACGUGACGUCACUUCCGUCGAAUGUUCCAGAAGCUUCUAAUCGUAACCAAGCGAACAGAUAUCCGGUUUACGAAGAACCUGACAAACCCGUAUUGAUUAUGAAGGAGAACUUCCGAGGUCCACAAUCAAAUCAAUUCGUCAACACGCAGACGGCUAAUUAUCCUAAUCAAUCGUGGUCGGGACAGGUACAAAAACCAUAUGAGAAGAAUUCACAAACAUUUGACAAAAAAUAUAAUGACAGAAAAUAUCCUCCAAACCAAACAGCCACGGAAGUAAAUAAAGAUAGUUUUAAAUAUGAUCGAUCGGGAUAUCAGAAAUAUUCGGGUGAGAGACGGAAUUCACCUAACAGACAGAUAGAUCGUCCAAACGUUCGGAACAUUGAACGGCAAUCCGAUCGAAAUAUCCGACCAACCGAUCGAGAUUACGAUCGCUCAUCCGACCGGCAUAUCCGACCAGCCGACCGGAAUAUAGAUCGAUCAGACAGACAUGUAGAUAGAUCUGGUCGGAAUAUCGAUCGGCCUGAAGGGAAUAUUAUAUCAAAUCGGAACGCUGAUAGACCGUAUGGACGUGAUGAUCGACCAGUCGACCGAAAUAUCGAUAAGCCAUCAGUUAUACCAAGAAUAUCGCCAACAAGACAAAGGCAAACGCCAGUAUCUAGAAUCGAUGAUAGAUUUUCACCAAGUAGAAAUCGUCAAGCAUCACCACGAAGAAGAUUAUCUCCAUUAACAAGGAAAGAAGAAUACGCUAGUAGAAGACCUUCCCCUCCAACAAUAACACCAGUGGAGAGACAUGCAAGUCGACAAUCUCCAACAAGGCAAGCCGGAUAUUCACCACGUCGUACGGACAAGUCGAGGGAAUUUAACGAAAAUAGAGUAAAAGAUGUGCGACCGGCGUAUGAACCGCAAGCGUCAAAAGCAGCUAUGUACUCAGGUGGUUAUCGUCCAAACGUCCCAGUGGACGUACAAUAUCCGAGAAAAGAUUGGAAAGAUAGGGAAAAACAGUUUUCACCAAAAAAUGUCAUCGAGGAUAGGAGAGAUGUAGUCAGGAUGCAGAACUUUGAUAUACCAAGAGCAUCUGAACAACAGAGGAUUGAGGAAGAAAAGAAGCGAUCGCAAUCACGUCAUUCAAGAUCUCCGCGGAGAGAGAGAUCUCCGAGGAGAGAGAAGUCUCCGAGGAGAGAGAAGUCUCCGGCCCGUCAUAGGAGACAGUCACCAUCACGUUCGCCUCGCAGAGCUUGGGCGCUUGAGAAACGACGCAGUCCUGAAGGACGCGAACCACCACCACCUCCAGCGUGGCCCGGACAAGAUGUAGGGGAAGAAUAUCAGAAAAGAUCGAAACUAACAGACAGAGAUAUUAUCGAGAAAGUUCCGGUGUGGGAGAAUAAAAAGCCCGACAAUUACACUAAAACUGACAGACGAAAUUACGACGAGCAGAGAAAUAGGAAGGAAGUGUCUAAAUGGAAACCUGUUCCACCGGUUGCUACGGAAGAAAAUACUCGUUUUGUGGAUGAUGACCGAUAUAGAAAAAGUGGUAAAUAUGCCAGAAAAGAACCAGAAAGAAAACGCAAUUUGAGCCGCGAUGAUGAAAGCAAAUCAUAUUCUGAAAGACAUGAGAAAGAUCUCUCACGAGCAGAUCGCGAUGGCGCUCGUUAUAAAUCUGAUUUUGCUCGUGAAGAAUUUGCUGGAAGAAUAGAAGAAAAAAAGAAAGAAAUAUUACACAAACAGCAACAAUUGCAAAAAGAGAUAGACGAAGUUUAUAAAAGGGCUGUAGAUUUUACAAAAAAAGCUGAAAUGUUCAAGAAAGGUGAAAUGGAUAAAGAUUAUCAUUUCAAAGAAGAACGUCGUCGAGAUGAUAGGGAAUAUGAAGAACGUCACUACUCGUACGAAGAAAAUCGACGUGGCCGUAAUACAGACAGACCCAAUGAACAUAAGACUAGCAGUUUUGGAAAAUCUCGUGAUCCUGAAGAUUUCGAAAGAAAAUUUGGCGUGAAUGCAGCUGUCAAAAUAAAGAGACUAAAAGCCACUGACGAAAUAUCUGACAAAAUACUUCAACAGUUCGCUGUAAAUAUACCCCCAGAUUCCAGAAAAAGGGUCAGUGAAGAGUUAAAGCUAUCUGUAGCGAAGAUAUUAUUGGACAUGUUCGGUGAUAAGGACGUUUCUUUUAUAGAGAUGUUAGUUAAAUUUAAUGCUAGGCAUACACAGAAGGACGAAGAGAGAAUUUUCGAAGAUGUUAUGUCUUGUUUGCCAAGUCACUUCAGAACUAUAAAAAGAUCUGCCCAAGAUGAUUCAGGGAUACCUGCUAAAGUGUCUAGACGCUCUGCUGACUUAGAAACAGAUUGGAAUUAUGGUCAUUUAAGUAGUAUGAUACCGGGAAGUGUCAUGGUUGAUCCGGCAUUAACGCAAAUGGCUGCGUCGGGUUUAUUAUUGAACACUCCAAUCGUGGUCCCUAUUACUACGCAAUUCCCAAUAAUUCCAGUGUACCCGGAACCGGCUAAUAUAAAAGAAGAGAAAGAUAGUGAUUGUCACACAUUAUAUCUGUGCAAAGAUAAUUUUCAGAUUAUCACCGAAAAUGAGGUUGCUCAAGUUAAGAAUUUCUUGAUCCAGCAACUGAUCAAAGUUACAGAAACAUCCCAAGGUUGGGCGCCAGACUUCACUUUCAGUAAUCAGCGUAACACACAUCGUCAUGAAGUGUUCACUCGCGACCAACGCUCCAAGGAAUGGCUUUUGAACCUAGAUUUCAAUUUAUUCACUGAAUUCAAGGUUUUAGUUUACACUUCAGAGGAAUUGUGGUACGAACGUGCCGCUAUAUGGCUACCGGAUCAUUCAAGGCAUCGCAAAUUCGGUCCGCUGACCAAACUUAAGCUACAGAACAGAAAAUUAGAUGGUGUUAAUAUAGAUAAGUGGAAGUUCAUAAAGGGAAUAAUCACUUCUAACGGUACACGUAUAUAUGUGGAUAUGCCGCCGUCUUCCGCGCGUGUUUUAGAGACACACAAUAAUUUGUUGAGUUAUGAAUUACAGAAGGUUAGCGUUUUUUUUAAAGCCGUUGCGAUAGAUAAGAACGCUUUCGAUGCUGGUAUGAACGAGCCGUCCAAAGAGAUUCCGCCUAACCCAUCCUCCUUGCCUAUGCCGUCUCUUGGCAAAGAUCCGAGAAUUAUUAAAUUUGCCAGUAAAGGCAAUAAAUCAUACAAUGUCGCGAUGGCGAGGAAAAUAAAGGAUAUGAUAUUGUUUAAACUAUAUAAAUACCACGAGCUAGAAGGCAAAAGUAGAACCGAUUUUGUGAAAUACGGUUUCUGCCAGCCAGGUUACUUUGGUAUUUUACCAGAAAAUGAAGAAUCCAAAAGAUGGCUGAUCUCUUUAGAUAUACCAAAAAUUAAUCGUCAACAAAUAGUUAUUUUAGGAGCUGGUGAUAUGAAAGUAAGAUUUUUUCGAAUGACUAUCCUUAUGCCGAAACUUUACAAUCUCAAAGAAGCUCUCGUUUUAGAACGCUUGCGUCAAAGCAAUCAAGGGGUUAAGGGUAUCAAUUUUAGUAUGUGGAGAAAUCUGAAGCUUAUAAUAUCGAGAAAGCAAGAAAGCGUUUGGCUUGAAGUUGAUAUGGAUUUGGAAUCUAUUGAGACUUUAUCUAAAAUGAACUACCAACUCGAUUAUGCAGCUAACGGUCAUAUUAAGACUUUGAAAGUUCAGUCGCGGUUUUCACAAGACCGUUUGGAAGAAAUUAUUAUGCAAUGUAAAGACGAACUCAUAGAUUCGUAUGAUGUUCACAAUAUGGACUUAGCGUCGGAUGCAGAAGAGGGCAUCGUAUGUUUAGAUUAG